AUGGAUGGAUGGAUAUUUUCUUGGUUUUUUUCCUGUUGGACAUUUUUCAAAAUGGCUGUAUUGAAGAAGCAGUUGCCAGUGGUGGGCACAGCUAACCAAAAAGUUAGCUUCACUGACCAUGAAUCUCUAAACAAGGACAUGAGCAGAAGCUAAUGCUAACCAUGACGAGUGUCGUUAAUGUUCCGUGUAUUGUGGUUCAAGAACAACUGACUGGCUGGGUUUUAGUCUGGGUUUAAAGGAACUCAGGGUUUUGGCUGUUUUUCAGUUUUCUGGUAGUUUGUGGUGCAUAGAUGCUGAAAUGCUGCUUCUCCAUGAACAACAGCAGAUCUGUAGUGGAGUAAAGAUCAGGAAAACAAACGGCCUGAGGGAUGAAUAUGAAAAUGUUUAUACUUGUAUCCACACUUGAGUAAUUUUUACAGUAAAUGUUCAUCUAUCAGGAUAUUUAUGCGACAGGGUUCAGAGGCAGCCGGUCUCCUCUGCCAGAGGCUCAGGUGUUAGUCCUGAACUGGUUUCAUUUCUGGUGGGUUUGAAGGAAGCUGGGACAGGUGGACCGGUGGACAGGUGGGUCCUGCAGGGCACCUGGGUUCGGAUAGUCUGUUAUCUUUGACCGUCAGAAAAGAAUCAGGAGGUUCUGGACUCCACCGUUCGACGAAAACAGCGCCACCAUGCAGUUACUGUCCGCUCAGUGGUCACAGCAGGUACUGCAGCUGCAGCGCCGCUCCGCACGGCCGCUCACUGCGCACGCGCAAUGAGAUGAAUGGCCGCUGCACCUGUCAGUCCACCAGGAUGUGUGGCGGACAAAUCCUCGGCCGUUAAUCCAAGCUCGGUUCGGUCAUCGGAGGAGGCUCCCACCGUGGCAUGCUGAGCGGACCGGAGCGCUCCGUCUGACCGUCCGGACCCAGCCUCCCCCGGGGCCGCCCGCCUCCUCACCCCGACUGCAGAGCCUCAGACCCCCGCUGCUGCCGAGCUGAGGCUGCGUGAAGCUCCGUGAAGCUCCGGGCGCGUCCAUCCUGACUGCAAUGGGAUGCUGCGGGAGCGCGGAGCGGACAAAGAGAGAAUGGAGACCGCUGGAGGACCGGAGCUGCACCGACCUGCCCUGGUUCCUGCUCUUCACCGUCUUCUGCGUCGGCAUGGGCAGCAUCUGUGGCUUCACCAUCGCCACUGGCGGCGCCGCUCGCCUCAUCUUCGGCUACGACAGCUACGGCAACACCUGCGGCCGGCGUAACGAGCGGAUCGAAGGCGUGCAGCUGAGCGGGCUGGACCACACCGACAGGAAGUUCGUCUUCUUCCUGGAUCCCUGCAACAUCGACAUCGUCCAGAGGAAAAUCAAGUCCAUGGCCCUGUGUGUGUCCCUGUGCCCCCCUGAGGAGCUGAAGACCCACCAGGACCUGAAGAGGUUCGCCAUGACCAAUGGUUCGGAUCUCUGCUCCUAUGAGUUGCCGGCUCAUCGUUACCCGGCGCUACCGGAGCGAUUCUCCAGGUGUCCCAAGCUUCCCGUCCCCCGCAGCAAGCCGCUGCCGCUCUUCAACCGCUGCACGCCGGUGGACGUGUCGUGCUACGCCCGGUUCGCCGAGGCGGUGGUGACCUUCGUGGGCGACAGCAGCGUCCUGCAUCGCCUCAUCGCCGGCGUCGCCGCCAGCAAAGAGAUCAUCGUCGGACUCUGUGUCCUCGCCUUAGCGCUGUCCAUGGUCCUGAUGGUGAUUAUCCGCUACAUCUCGGCCGUGCUGGUCUGGAUCCUCACCUCGCUGGUGGUGCUGGGCUCCCUGGCGGGGACCAGCGUCCUCUGGUGGCUCUACAUUGACCACCGGCUGUACGCCAACGACACGUCCUCCAAGGACCCCAAGGAGGCCAAACAGGAGGCACCGGAGGGGCAGCGGGACGGCGGCCAGGCGCUGCUGGUCUACGCUGCCGCCGCCACCAUUUUCACCAUAAUCCUGCUGCUGCUGAUGCUCUUCAUGCGGAAGCGCGUGGCGCUCACCAUCGCUCUGUUCCACGUCGCAGGAAAAGUCUUCAUCCACCUGCCGCUGCUCACCCUGCAGCCCUUCAUCACCUUCCUCGCCCUGCUCCUCUUCUGGGUCUACUGGAUCCUGGUUCUGCUCUUCCUGGGAACCACCGGGAACCCGGAGCAGAACGAGGAGACGGGCUUGACGGAGUUCCGGCUGACGGGCUCGCUGCAGUACCUGACCUGGUACCACGCCGUGGGUCUGGUCUGGAUCAGCGAGUUCAUCCUGGCCUGCCAGCAGAUGACCGUGGCUGGCGCCGUUGUCACCUACUACUUCACCAGGGAUAAGAACCGGCUGCCGGUGACGCCCAUCCUGUCGUCGGUUCUGAGGCUGGUCCGGUACCACCUAGGAACCGUUGCUAAGGGGUCCUUCAUCAUCACGCUAGUGAAGGUCCCCCGCCUCGUCUUGAUGUACGUCCACAACCAGCUGAAAGGACGGGAGAACGUGUGCGCCCGCUGCCUGCUGAAGUCCUGCAUCUGCUGCCUGUGGUGUUUGGAGAAGUGCCUCAACUACCUGAACCAGAAUGCAUAUGCAGCCACUGCCAUCAACAGCACCAGUUUCUGCACGUCGGCCCGGGACGCCUUCGUCAUCCUGGUAGAGAACGCGCUGCGGGUCGCCACCAUCAACGCCGUGGGAGACUUCGUGCUCUUCCUGGGGAAGGUCCUGAUCAUGACAUGCACAGCAUUCGCCGGCGUCCUGCUCCUCAACUACCAGCGGGACUACGCCGAGUGGCUGCUGCCGCUCAUCAUCGUCUGCCUCUUCUCCUUCCUGGUGGCCCACUGCUUCCUGUCCAUCUUCGAGAUCGUGGUGGACGUCCUGUUCCUGUGCUUUGCCAUCGACACCAAGUACAACGACGGCACCCCUGGGAAGGAGUUCUUCAUGGACAAAGCUCUGAUGGAGUUCGUGGAGAGCAGUCGGCGGCUGGAGCGAGCGGGCGGACGUGGGCGGAGCCGGGUGAAAGAGGCGGCGUCGGAGGGGGCGGAGAUGAAGCCCAUGAAAUACGUUGACCUUCGACCCGAGUCCUAGUGCCCAGCUGGUUCGGCCUCUUACUGGGACCAAACCAGUCCACCAGACGGAACUCAGGGCGGUUCUGGCGCCGGUUCUUUGGACCUUCACUCCAUCAGAAGUGCUCCGACUCGGUCCGGUUCCCUCCGGAGGCGGAGCCUGGUCAAGCCCCGCCUCUGAGGCCUUUUCCCAUCAUGCACCUCAGCGGGGAGCCUGCAGGGGGAGCUGCUGAGCCGCUAAUUGCACUAAAGAUGGAGUUCCUGCAGCGCCGGACGGACGGACGGACGGAGUUCGUAGAUCAGAUUCACCUGAACGCAUCGUGGCCGCUGUUGUCGGGCAGAUUAGCUUCAGGAGCUGAUCAGUUUCACUCCAACACCAACAGAGCGGGUCGGUACCGGCCCGUUCUCAUGAAGGAGAACCACGCAGAGGCCAGCAUCAUUUCAAAAUAAAACAGGAAGUCAUCAUGACAGGGUUUCUACACUUCCGGUUUCUACACAAUAAAAGUCAGAAAAAUGUUGGAGUUUCUACACUUUUAUCUAAAAUAUAAUAAAAUAAAUAUUUAAUUAGUUUUUAGUGGCUUUGGUUUUACUGCUGUUCUAAUCUGGACCAGCGGUUCUGAUCCGGGUCGGCUUUAGAUGCCACAUAAUCUGUUAAAUCUGCUAUUAAUAAAACAUUUCCAACUUAAAACCUGAUUCCCUUCCUGGUCUGAGGAGCCGCUAAUAAAACCAACAUGGAAACAUUUUGAAACGGAAAGCAGGAGGAACCCAGUCAUGAUCAGAACAUCAGGGUUCUGAUCGGAUCAGGAAGGAACCGGUGCUGAUCCAAAAACCAGAAAAAAGGCAACAAAACGUUUCUGUUGGAGGAAAACUCUUCAGCCUCCAUCCGACCAAUCACAGCACAGGCUCCGCCCACUGAAGAUGAGCGAGGCUCAGAGAGGUUCCGGUUCUGGAACUGGAGUCAAACAUCCGCAGAACAAACUGUUCUGCCUGGAAACCAUCCGAACCGAACCGGACCGACCAGGUCCAAGUGUGCUGAUGGGUCCGGAUCGGUUCGGAUCACCUGGAUCAGGCCGGCAGCCUGGAGUCCAGGUGCAGCUUCCGGUUUGUGUUCUGAGUUCCGGACUAGAGCGUCUCCGCGCCUCGCCGCCAUUUUCCUCAGACUGUUUGCAGCUGAAUCUCGUCCCGCAGCCAGUUGCCGUUUGUGAAGUUGCCCAAAAAGAACAGCAAUGAUUUGCUGUGUUCACAGAGUUAUGAAUGACACGGAUUCACCAUGUCAGCCAUAUUCAGUUUAUUGGUUGAUUCUUCAACGUUUUUACUCCAAAUGUUGAUUCAUUUUAAUCUGAAUUGUUUUCUGAACCAGCAGGAAGUUGAUCCAGAAACUGAAAGGAAUCGAUGAUGAAAAAAACUACUUGGGCGACGAAAGCCCAGUUUUUCUCUUGAUACGUCACUUCCGCUUAACGGCAAGCCAAUUUGCACAUUAACUAAUAUUUCACUACGAGGAAAAUAAACAGGAAUAAAAUUACAAACAUCAAACUGAUAGAAAA